GUUGUGUGUGAGUGUAACUCAGUAAUCUGUCCACCACUAAGCUGCUUUAGUCCCGUCUGCCUGGCCGCUUCGCUGCAGGGAGUUCAUUUCACUACCGACUAACGCUACACAGCAAGCUGUAACUAUUGACUAACGCUACACAGCAAGCUGUAACUACCGACUAACGCUACACAGCAAGCUGUAACUAUUGACUAACGCUACACAGCAAGCUGUAACUAUUGACUAACGCUACACAGCAAGCUGUAACUAUUGACUAACGCUACACAGCAAGCUGUAACUAUUGACUAACGCUACACAGCAAGCUGUAACUAUUGACUAACGCUACACAGCAAGCUGUAACUACCGACUAACGCUACACAGCAAGCUGUAACUAUUGACUAACGCUACACAGCAAGCUGUAACUACCGACUAACGCUACACAGCAAGCUGUAACUAUUGACUAACGCUACACAGCAAGCUGCAACUCUGAAGACAAUUAGUGGCAACUAACAACUGACAACAAGCUACGACAGGAGUUCAUUUCACUACCGACUACCAGCUAAGAACACAACAAGCAGUCACUUGCUGAAACUACAGUGUGACAGCUGUUAGAACUAUUCUGUUGGAACAAUUCUGUUGGAACAAUUCUGUUGGAACUAUUCUGUUGGAACUAUUCUAUUAGAACUAUUCUGUUGGAACCAUUCUAUUAGAACUAUUCUGUUGGAACCAUUCUGUUGGAACCAUUCCGUUGGAACUAUUCCGUCGGAACUAUUCUGUCGGAACUAUUCUGUUGGACCCAGAAGGAAGGUGGCGCCAGUGGAGUUGUCAUGGAGAAUUCUGUGUUGUGGAUAUUCCUGACAGCAACAUGUGUUAUUAAAGGUGUGUGUAGUCAGUCAGUCCAGAUGGAAGCCGAACAGUCAGGGUUCGUGGGCUCUAAGGUGGAUCUACCAUGUCUUUUUAUCAACAGCAUCCCACCUGUCAAGAUCUCACAGGUGACAUGGCAGAAGGUGAUUAAUGGAAAGAAACAGAACGUGGCGAUAGCCAACCCGUCUCUAGGCGUGUCUGUGGCUCCGCCCUUCAAAGACAGAGUCAGCUUCAAAAACCCUGUGGUGCGGAGGAGAACUCCGUCCCUGGAGGACACCACUCUGACCUUCUCGUCUCUGCGACUGUCUGACGAGGCCAGAUACAUCUGUGAAUACACUACCUUCCCUGCUGGCAACCGCGAAAACACGGUCAACCUCACAGUCUACGCCCGACCUUUGACCCAGAUGAGUUUGUCGACACCCACACUGGUAGCUCGGUCAUCCAAUCUGAAGACGCCGGUCGCCACCUGCCUCUCGGCCAAUGGGAAGCCUCCAGGAACCAUCAGGUGGGACACGCGUGUGCGUGGUGAGGCGACCACCCAGGAGAUCCGUAACUCUGAUGGGACGAUCACAGUACGAAGCGACUUCAUCCUGGUACCCAGCAGGAAUACACACCUGGAGAAACUCACCUGUAUCACCUCCUAUAACCAGGAGACAUACACCGACUCUGUCACGCUGGACAUACAGUAUGAACCAGAGGUGUCAGUGGAGGGGUUCGAUGGGAACUGGUACCUGGACCGUCAGAACGUUGAGCUCACAUGUCUGACCGAUGCCAACCCACCUGUCUCUCUGUUCCAGUGGAGAAUGUUGAAUGGUUCCAUACCGAACAGCGUAGAGAUCCGUGACAAUGUCCUGUUAUUUAAAGGACCAAUCAGAUACGAGGUAGGAGGGAUUUAUGUCUGCGAUGCAACCAAUAGCAUCGGGACAAGCUCCGCCUUCAUGGAGAUCAGCAUCACAGAAGAGCCACUGCCCCAGGUGGGAACGGGUGAUGUCUUCAGUGUUCUGGGCAUGCUAUUGGCUGUGGGGCUGAUUCUGGGCGUGGCGAUCACUGUGCUGCUUCUUAACAGGAGAAAACAGAGGGGAGAGAUGGAUGCUGACUCGACAGACUCUGCUCCUUCUCUUAAACUGGCUCCUCCUCCUGCCAGGAGAAAACCUGGUGAUGAGUUCCAGCGGUCAGGGAGGGUGUAUGAGGACCUCCCCAACACAGCGGACUAUGUCAGCUACCGACUGGCCUGCAACAAGGAUGACUACCCAGAACCCUACUCUCCCCCCAUCAACCCUCCCCUCUCCUUCCUCUCUCAGCACGCCUACACCCACUCCAACAAUACCUUCUCCCCCGCCUCCCAUCCCUCCUCUGUCUUCAGAUAUCCUUCCCUCCCCUCCCUAUCCCCUCCUCCCGGCCUUGCACCCUACACCUUCCCUAAAGAACAGUAUGUCUGACCUGUAUCCACUGACCUGUAACACCUCUCCAGAGACCAUGGACCAACAGCUUUUCUCUGUCUUCUGUUCCCCUCUCCUUCAUCUUCUGUUCAUCCACUGACCUCAGAAUGUUUUCCAAUCCUAGAUAUGAGUGUGUGUGUGUGUUUAAAGUGAGUUUUGUGCAAGGGGGCAUUGUCAUGCUGAAACAGGAAAGGGCCUUCCCCAAACUGUUACCACAAAGUUGGAAGCACAGAAUUCAAUGUUAUUGAAUUAUUUCCCUUCACUGGAACUAAGAUGCCUAGCCCGAACCAUGAACAACUGCCCCAGACCGUUAUUCCUCCUUCGCCAAACUUUACAUUUGGCACUAUGCAUACAAGAAGGAAGCGUUCUCCUGGCAUCCACCAAACUUUACAGUUGGCACUAUGCAUACAAGAAGGAAGCGUUCUCCUGGCAUCCACCAAACUUUACAGUUGGCACUAUGCAUACAAGAAGGAAGCGCUCUCCUGGCAUCCACCAAACUUUACAGUUGGCACUAUGCAUACAAGAAGGAAGCGUUCUCCUGGCAUCCACCAAACCCAGAUUCCUCGGACUGCCAGAUAAUGAAGAGUGAUUCAUAACUCCAUAGAACGUGUUUCCACUGCUCCAAAGUCCAAUGGCGGCAAGAUUUACACCACUCCAACCGAUGCUUGGCAUUGCGCAUGGUGAUCUUAGGCUUGUGUGCGGCUGCUCGGCCAUUUAAUGAACCUCCCGACGAACAGUUCUUGUGCUGACGUUGCUUCCAGAAGCAGUUUGGAACUCGGUAGUGAGUGUUGCAACCGAUGACAGACGAUUUUCACGGUGAUAUGCGCUUCAGCGCUACGCAGUCCCGUUUUGUGAGCCGCUGCUGCUUCUAGACGUUUCCACUUCACAAUAACAGCACUUACAGUAGACGGGGGGCAGCUUCUAGCAGGCCACAGUAACAGCACUUACAGUAGACGGGGGGCAGCUUCUAGCAGGCUUCUAGCAGGCCACAGUAACAGCACUUACAGUAGACGGGGGGCAGCUUCUAGCAGGCUUCUAGCAGGCCACAGUAACAGCACUUACAGUAGACGGGGGGCAGCUUCUAGCAGGCCACAGUAACAGCACUUACAGUAGACGGGGGGCAGCUUCUAGCAGGCUUCUAGCAGGCCACAGUAACAGCACUUACAGUAGACGGGGGGCAGCUUCUAGCAGGCCACAGUAACAGCACUUACAGUAGACGGGGGGCAGCUUCUAGCAGGCCACAGUAACAGCACUUACAGUAGACGGGGGGCAGCUUCUAGCAGGCUUCUAGCAGGCCACAGUAACAGCACUUACAGUAGACGGGGGGCAGCUUCUAGCAGGCCACAGUAACAGCACUUACAGUAGACGGGGGGCAGCUUCUAGCAGGCCAGAAAAUUUGAUUAACUGACGUGUUGGAAAGGUGGCAUCCUUUGACGGUGCCACGUUGAAAGUCACUAAGGUCUUCAGUAAGGCCAUUCUACUGCGAAUGUUUGUAUGUGGAGAUUGCAUGGGUGUACGCUCAAUUUUAUACACCUGUCAGCAACGGCUGAAAUAGCCCAAUCCACUAAGUUGAAGUGGUGUAGCAGCGGCGUAUAUGAUGAUUGUAUGUGAGUGGGUGUGUCAGUAUACUGUAUGUAUAUGUACAUAUUAUGUGUGUGUAUGCAGAUGAUGGAGCGAGUGUUUUGCAUGUGUGUUGGAGUAUCAGUGUAUAGGGCCCUGUGAGUGUGCAUAGAGACUGUGCAAAAAUAAAAAUACAAUACAAAAGGUCAUCCCCCGAUAGUCCGUGUAGCCAUUUUGUUAGCUAUUUAGUUAGCUAUUUAGCAGUCUUAUGGAAGGGGGAUAGAAGCCUUUCAGGAGCCUGUUGAUGUCAGACUUGAUGGACCGGUACUGCGCGGAAGCAGAGUGAACAGUCUAUGGCUUGGGUGGUUGGAGUCUUUAAUUAUUUGCCAGGCCUUCCUUUCACACCACCUGAUAUAGAGGUCCUGGAUGGCAUGGAGCUCGGCCCCAGUGAUAUACUGGUCUGUCCUCACCACCCUCUAUAGCACCAUGUGAUCAAGGGCGGUGCUAUUGCCAUACCAAGCAGUAAUGCAGCCAGUCAAUAGGAGCCCAGAAGGUGACUACGCACGCACCCCUGAGGGGCCCCAGUGUUGAGGAUCAGCGUUGCAAAGGUGAUGUUAACUAUCCUCACCACCUGGGAUCGGCCCGUCAGGAAGUCCAGGAUCCAGUUGCAGAGGGAGGUGUUCAGUCCCCGGGUCCUAAGGUUGGUGAGGAGCAUUGGACAAUGGUGUUGAACUUGUGUUUGUGUCUCUGUAAGUAAACAACGUCUAGCUUAAAAAUAUGCUGCAUUUCCUCAGGUUGAAAAGACAUGCUUUAAAUCCCAGGUCACAGUAACAUAAACCUUCAGAUGCACAACUAACCUUAACCUUAACCCAGACCUCAAGUAGGGUAUUGUCCCAAACCCAGACCUCUAGUAGGACAUUACCCCAAACCUCUAGUAGGACAUUACCCCAAACCCAGACCUAUAGUAGGGCAUUACCCCAAACCCAGAACUCUAGUAGGACAUUAACUCAAACCCAGACCUCUAGUAGGACAUUAUCCCAAACCUCUAGUAGGAUAUUACCCCAAACCUAGACCUCUAGUAGGACAUUACCCCAAACCCAGAACUCUUGUAGGACAUUACUCCAACCCAGACCUCUAGUGGGACAUUACCCCAAACCCAACCCUCUAGUAGGACAUUACUCCAACCCAGACGUCUAGUAGGACAUUACCCCAAACCCAGAUGUCUAGAUGGACAUUUCUUAGAGUUCUGGAUCAGGAAUGGAUGUAUUAGAUUGUAGAUUGAGUUAUGGAUAAAAUGUCUGUAUUAGAUUAUAUUACAUUGGAAACUAUGUUAAUCUGUAAGGAUGAGAUUACCUUCUGAUUUGAUCCACUGCUGCUAUUGUAGCCCUGACAAUUACCCAGACCCUAACCAGAAUCUCUCUUCCCCUCUUUCUCUCUCUCUCUCCCUUUCUGUCCUUCUAUCUUUCUCCCCCCCCCCCCUCUCUCUAUCUCUAUCUCUAUCUCUCUCUCUGUCCUUCUCUCUCUCUCUCUCUCUCUCUCUCUCUCUCUCUAUCUCUAUCUCUCUCUCUGUCCUCUCUCUCUCUCUCUCUCUCUCUCUCUCUCUCUCUCUCUCUCUCUCUCUGUCCUUCUCUCUCUCUCCCUGACCAUACUGUGACGCUUACCGUUUAAAUUUUCUACUUUCUGUGUACUUGUUUUAUUUGUUUAUUAUUGUUUUGGUUUCAUGUGGAGUUUUGAGUGUCUUAUUAUCUGUGAUAUUUGGAGGGUCUUAUUAUCUAUUUUUUAUUAUGUGAUAUCGGAGGGGUCUUAUUAUCUAUGAUGUUGGGGUGUCUUAUUAUAUGUGAUAUCGGAGGGGUCUUAUUAUCUAUGAUGUUGGGGUGUCUUAUUAUAUGUGAUAUCGGAGGGUCUUAUUAUCUGUGAUAUUGGGAUGUCAUAUAAUAAAUGAUAUUGAGAGGGUCUUAUUUUACUGUGAUAUUGGACGAGUUUGUUUAUAUAUGAUAUUGGGAGGGUCUUAUUAUCGGUGGUAUUUGGAGGGUCUUAUUAUCUAUACUAUUGGAAGGGUUUUACUAUCUGUGUUAUUGGGAUGGUCUUUUAUCUGUGAUAUUGGAUUGUUUACGGUUGGGAUGGUCUUAUUAUCUGUGCUAUUGGGAGGGUCUUAUUAUCUAUGAUAUUGAGAGGUUCUUGUUAGAUUGGGAGUGUCUUAUUAUCUGUGAUAUUGGGAUGUUUACGGUUGGGAGGGUCUUAUUAGCUGUGAUAUUGGGAGGGUCGUAUUAUCUGUGAUAUUGGGAGGGUCUUAUUAUAGAUUAUAUUGAGAGGGUCUUAUUAUCUAUGAUAUUGGGAGGGUCUUAUUGUCUGUGAUAUUGGGAUGGUUACGGUUGGGAGGGUGUUAUCUGUGAUAUUGGGAUGGUUACGGUUGGGAUGGGUAACCCUAACUAAUUUUAAUCCAUUUGUCUGUUGGAUGUCAGGAUGGGUUAGUGUUCAUGCAGUUAGUUCUUUUACCGGAAACUACGCUACUAUACUAUUUCCUGUGCUUUCAUAUUAUCAUUUUUUAUAAAUAUAUAUUUUUUAAAAUA